AUGGCUCAAGCGACGACGCCGUUUGCAUCCAACGGCACACAGACCAUCUCUGCCAACGUUGUCGUUGUUGGUGGCGGCUUUGGAGGCUGCUAUGCUUUAUACGCGCUGCGCGAGGCUGGAUAUACGGUUAAGCUGAUUGAAGCUGGGAGCGACUUUGGCGGCGUAUGGCAUUUUAAUAAGUACCCAGGAGCGCGUGUGGACUCCGAGGUGCCCCUCUACCAGCUGAGCCAUCCGGACGCCUGGCGCAACUUCAACUUUAAAGAGCGAUAUCCAGGCUAUGUCGAGCUUCGAGCGUACUUCAGCCAGAUGGCCGUGGCACUAGACCUUUACAAGGAUGCCAUCUUCAACGCUCGUGUCAUCCAGGCCAAGUACGAUUCAAAUUUCAAUCGCUGGACACUCAGUACCAACAACGGAAUUGUGGCCACUGCCCAAUACGCUAUCUUUGCCACCGGCACCACGAACAAGCCCUACGUCCCCAAGUUCCCUGGCCUUGACAGCUUUUGUGGCACAGUGCUGCACCCUUGCCGCUGGCCAGACACGGCCAGUCUGGGUCUCAAGAACAAGAAGGUGGGCAUCGUUGGCCAGGGCGCAUCGGGACUGCAGAUUUUGCAGGAGCUGGCAAAGGAGGAUAUCGGUGCCGAAAUCACGGUCUUCUUAAGGAACCCCCCAACGGCACUUCCAAUGAAGCAGCGAAGUAUCUCUGCUGCCGAGGCUGAGGAGCAGAAAAACACAUACAAUGCACUCUACACGCAUUCAAAGACCAAGGAUGAGGCAGCCUAUGCUUACAAUCCGCCUAGCCGCUCCUUCUUCGACGCCACACCCGACGAGCGUGAAAAGCUCUAUACUGACCUCUGGACGCGAGGCAGCUACGCCAUCUUGACGAGCAACUACCCGGAGAUCAGCUAUGUCAAGGAAGCCAACGCAGAGAUGUACCAGUACUGGGCCAAGACUGUGCGCGCUCGUAUCACCGAUACCGUCAAGAGGGACAUUAUGGCUCCGUUGAAGCAGUUUCAGUGGAUCGGCACCAAGCGGCCCAACCUCGAGAUGGAUUACUAUGAAAUGAUCGACCGCCCCAACGUCAGACUGGUUAAUCUCAAGGAGGAAGCGAUCCUGAGGUUUACCAAGAAUGGUGUUACAACCUCCGGCCCCAACGGCGAAGCCACCCACGACCUGGACAUUGUGAUCAUGGCCACCGGUUACGAUUCAGUCACUGGUAGUCUAUACGAGAUGAACAUCGUAGGCAAGGACGGCGUUAAACUCCAAGACCACUGGUCCAAGUCUAUUCAGACAUACCUCGGGAUGUUGGCUCCGGAAUUCCCCAACAUGUUCAUGCUCUAUGGACCGCAGGCUCCAUCGGGGUUGGCGAAUGGGCCUCCAUUUCUCGAGAUGCAGGUCGACUGGAUCGUUGAAUUCCUGGCAAAACUCAAAGCUACGUCGUGCUCGACAUUCGAAGUCAAACACGACACGGCCAAGGCCUAUGUCCAACGCAACUUAGAUGCGUACAGCCAGUCGUUGGCCAAAGACACGCCAUCGUGGUGGAAUGGAUCCAACAUCCCCGGCAAGACGAGAGAGCCCCUCUUCUGGACACUGGGUCUGCAAGCGUGGAGAAAGGAGACGGAAAGGGCCAUCGAUGAGUGGUCUGGCUUCGAGCUGAAAUGA